AAGUCAAUAAAACUUUGUGCGCCGACACACAACUUCCAGCACCCGCCAGCUGGGCCAAAAUGGAGAUUAGCAAAGGCGCCUUUCUCUUUCUUUUCUUGCUCAGCUCAGUUAAAGGAGAUAUACUAGAUAACUAUUUAAGAACAGAUGGUGCUUGGAUACUUACUCGAAAUAAACAGUUUUACCAGACAAACAAUGAAAAAGAAUGUGCAGAGAAAUGUGAAGCAGAAAGAAAUUUCAAUUGCAGGGCCUUCCUAUUCACUAGGAAAGUGCUACAGUGUUUAACACUGGCUGAAAACACCAAAAUGGCAGUGACGUUCACCAGCGCAGAUGCAGUUCUUUAUGAGAAGAAAAUUUACCUUCUACAAUGUAAAAAAGGGAUUGGGAUGGACUACAGAGGAACAGAAGCCAAAACUCAGAAGGGUAUUCCAUGCCAGAAGUGGGCAGAAAGAACACCUCACAACCCAAAUUAUACACCUGAAAAACACCCCAAUGCGGGGUUGGAUGAAAACUACUGCAGAAAUCCUGACGAGGAUGAAAAUGGACCCUGGUGUUACACAACAGAUCCUGCUACCAGAUUUGAUUACUGUAACAUCCCAGAGUGCGAGGGCCAGGUCAUGUACGCUGGAGAAGGCCUAGGUUCUACAGUGGAGUGUGUGCAGUGUAAUGGUGAAGACUACCAUGGAGAAGUUUCCAGAACACAGUCUGGGCUCGAGUGCCAGCUCUGGGAUGCCCAGGAGCCUCAUAUGCAUGGAUUUACCCCAAAACACUUUCCAGAGAAGGAUCUGAAGAUGAAUUAUUGCCGUAAUCCUGAUGGUGAUGUUCGACCCUGGUGUUUCACUACGAGCCCUACUAAACGUUGGGAAUAUUGUGACAUUCCUUCUUGCACUACACACCCACCAGCCUCUGCCCUGGGCUCCCAGUGUCUUUCAGGAAAAGGAGAAGACUAUCGGGGCAGGAUAGCCAUCACUGAAUUGGGAAAUGUCUGCCAACACUGGAACACACAGUUUCCUCACAGACAUGGCUGGAUUCCUGACAGAUAUCCCUGCAAGGGCUUAGAGGAAAACUACUGCAGAAAUCCUGACGGAGAGAAGAGGCCUUGGUGCUACACCAUAAACAGCAGCGUUCGGUGGGAAUAUUGUGCAAUUCCCAGCUGUGAUGAGACAGAACAAGGGAUUGCUGAUGUGCCUGCACAGGUUCCCCUGUCAGAGGAGUGCUACCAAGGCAAAGGCCAGAAUUAUCGUGGCACAACUUCCAUCACUGUGUCGGGAAAGAAAUGCCAGGCUUGGAGCUCAAUGUUCCCACACAGGCAUGAAAAAACCCCAGACAGAUUCCCAAACGCGGAUUUGAGGGAAAACUAUUGUAGAAACCCAGAUGGUGAUAACAGCCCUUGGUGUUUCACCACUGACCCCAGCGUGAUAUGGGAGUACUGCAAUCUCAAGAAGUGUGAUGAUUACACACAUGAACGUGCACCAAAUUACCGCCCUGCAAGGACAGCACAAAAUGUUGUCCUAGCUACACCCCUCACAUCUGGUAACAGCUGGCUGCAACUGUCACCUCCUCUGGACUCUAUGGACUGCAUUAAUGGUAAUGGUAAAGAUUAUCGCGGCACAGUAGCAAGAACUGGAAGGGGCAGGAUUUGCCAAGAGUGGAAUUCUCAGAAACCUCAUAGCCACAAAUAUUUCACUCCUGUGACACAUCCAAGAGCAGGCCUGGAUAAAAAUUAUUGCAGGAAUCCUGAUGGAGAUAUAAACGGUGUUUGGUGCUUCACAACAGACCCAGAAAAAAAAUGGGAGUACUGUGAAAUCCCACGCUGCUCUUCUUCUGAGCAUGACUGUGGAAAAGUCUCAAUGAGAAGUGAGCGACCCUGUGCGCAAUACAGCAUGUGCGAUGCAUCUCCAGGGUCUUGGCCUUGGCAUGUCAGUCUCAGGAAGAGUACCAACGUGCACCAUUGUGCUGGCACUCUGAUACACCCACAGUGGGUCCUUACUGCAGCUCAGUGCUUGCAAGAGUCAACAGAACUUUCUUCCUACAGAGUGUUUCUUGGGAUACAGAAUCUCAAUUCAGCAGAGCCAUCCCUGCAAAUUCAAAGUGUUCAGAAAGUAUUAAAGGAACCAAAUGGAGCAGAUAUUGCUUUGUUGAAGUUGAACAGUCCUGUAACAAUUACUGACCAUGUAAAACCAGUUUGUUUGCCUGAAACCAAUCGGAUGGUAGAAAGAAACGCAGUGUGUUUUCUAACUGCCUGGGGAAAAACAAGAGGUACUGAUACAGACAACAGAUUAAAGGAUGUUGAAUUCCCUGUGCUUGAAAACAGAAUAUGUAAUCGUCCUGAAUUUCUGAAUGGAAGUGUCAAACUCAAUGAAUUUUGUGGUGGAUUUACUUUUGGAAGCAUAGAUAAUUGUGAGGCUGAAGUUGGAGGACCUCUGGUCUGCCAAGAUAAGGACAGAUUUGUUCAAUAUGGAGUCACUUCUUGGGGACUGGACUGUACCCAGCCAUCAAAGCCUGUUUUUGUCCGAAUUCCUAGUUUUGUUUCUUGGAUCAAAAAUGCAAUGCUUCUCCACUGAGUCUGGAUGCAGAUCAACUUUCCUGGAAAGCAGCCCCUGUGUCAGAAAAGCAUUUCAAUUAUCAUUUUAAAAUUGUACUAUUCAUAAGAAUCUUCAAUAAAUAUCAUUACUGCCUGAGCAUAAAUAGUUUUUGCAAAGCAGUAACCAAGUUGACCAAUUGUUACUGUCUCUCAGUGUAUCUGUGCUCUGCCUAGGUAAGUCAACCACAUUGCAUGUAGCAGCAGUUGUAAGGUCACUACUUCACCCUUCUCUUUUGAGACAUACUGUCACUCCUGAAAGUGUCUUCCUCUUUGUUCUGAGACCUGCUUUUCUCCUCUGUACAUACAACAGCUGGCCUAUCCCUGAGUACAAGGUCUUCCCUGUGCAAGAAACUUUAUCCCAAAUAAGGCCUGUCCCUGUAUGUAUCACUGGCAUCUGCUUCCCUUUCUGUUACUGCUCCAGGAAUGGAAUGAAAAAGUAGCAACCAAACGCAAUUGCAGCCUUGGGUAUGAAGAGACAAAGCUAGACCAUGCCUGUGCUGCCAAGAGCUGUAUGAAAACCUGGUGGGAUUGCUUCGUCUUGGGGUUAAUUGUCCCUGAAGAAGAGAAGUUUUGUGCUGCACCAUGCAAUCAUCUAACCUUCCUGGGUUAGAUGUUUGCAUGUGAAAAACAACUAUCCACUCCAGCAGACAAAACGGUGAUUUGAAUGGUAUAUGGUGAGUCUCUUGCACAGAAAUCCUGCUCUCAAGUGUGUCACCAACAGUUCGGCCCUGACAGAGAGUCCAGCAAUUAAAAUAAACUGAUGUUAUUUCCAGAAGAGGCAAGGAUGUCUCAGGGGGCUGGGGAAGUGAAGGUAGAUGCCAGCGUGCCAGUGCUUGCCUUAUCAGGUUUGGCCGCUUGUGCGCCUGUGUGUUCUGUGGCAGGUAGGUGGAGAAAGAAAGGAGACCCUCAAGUUAGUCAAGCCUCCCUGAGCCAUGGAACCUGGCCUGGUUGCCACACAGAACAAUGGAAAAAGACUGUAAAAACUAAACUUGAAUACCUUCAAAACCUGUUGAGCACAAUAUUUCCUGGAGCACAUUGAAAGCUUGCUGCGAUCUGGCACUUGCUUUGUAUUCCCCAUCUACUAUUGUGUUUGUAAAUUCUGCCAGUAGUGUUGUUCCUUCAAAAAACAUUAGCACAAAUUCUCUGUAAUAACUGGCCAAAUCAAAAAACUGCUGAUGCUUCUCUUGGUGCCUGUAAGCCAUUCUUCAGUUCCUAUAGGCUUUGCCAAAUGAAAAUCUCAGGUUUUUGAUUCUGCACGGAUGCUGAACUGUGCCUGCUGUGGUUCUGCCAACCUAGAUGAUAUCAUUCACUGCAGAGGUUUAAUACAGUCUGCCUGUAAUUCACAGAUUGCAGCAGCACAAAAGUGUGCAGCUACAUACUCCUCAUGGGACCCAACAACUCCUACAUUUGUCACUGAAAUGCUGCUGCUGUUUCAAGGUUUAAAAAAGACCAUUCUGCCUGGAUGCUCCUGUCAGAGGACCUCUCAAUACUAUUUGGUUAGAUUUGGGGUGACCAUCUUUGUAGCUCCUCCUGGACUCUCUAAUAAAUAUGACAAUUUUUAUGUCACUAUGCAUCCUGUUUGGAAAUUGGGAUUCCUUCCCCAAAAUCCACAUGAUUUAUUAGCAGUAUGUUGUCUUGCUACAGGAUGUUUUCAGGGGCUGAAAAGUCCCUUUGGCCCAGUUCUUCAGUUGUUUGAGUCUUUUCUGGGCAUCCUUUUGUGUCUUGGUAGGGUUUUUUUAUCAUUGAUGAGAAAUGACAGUCUGGAAAUCCUGCAUUAUUUUCUCCAGCUGGGAAAACGACUGCUGUUUUAGCUGUUCUCUUGCAGCAUGGGAAUUCUUUAUUUACUUAUUUAUUAGUUGUCUGCAUGCUUUUGGCAUAUAAUGAUGCACUACUUCUGGCAAGGAUUAUUGCAUUUUUCAGUCUUUCAGUGUGUCUAAAUAAUAUAUGUAUUUUUAUAUUUAUCUGGUUUUAUAUUUGCAGUGCAACUCACUAGGACUGUGUCAAUACAUUGUCAUAGAAAUUAAGAACACGGACCUGAUAUAACAGGAGCAACUGA